UCUGCCCAGCCGGGCAUGCGCAAUUGUUGUCCUCGUGGGACGGUCCAUCUUUUCCCGCCGUUCACUGGCCUCUGGAGAAGGGUCAGAGUUCACACCACUCUCUGGAAAUACCUGCUCAAAGCCAGGAGUUGCGGGGACUAGUUGGUCGCGGACGUUUUUCCGGUCCUAAAUCUUAAGGGGCAAAGGACAUACUCUGGGACUGUUAACUAGGCCGAGGGCCAGGGGGCGGGAAGAGGAUGUGUGGGUGGGGUCAGAGGUGAUAGGUCAGAGGGCUGCGAAGGGGGCGGAGCGAGCUAGAGGCGGAUGGCUGCUACGGCGGCUCAUUAUUUUCGGCGGCAGGGGUGCUGAAGCUGGGACGCGGGUCCGGCGCGUCCGGCUGCGAAAGGAGAGCGGCGGCCGCUCCCAACAUGCACAGCCUGGCGACGGCUGCGCCUGUGCCUACUGCAUUGGCCCAAGUGGAUAGAGAAAAGAUCUAUCAGUGGAUCAAUGAGCUGUCCAGUCCUGAGACAAGGGAAAAUGCUUUGCUGGAGCUAAGUAAGAAGCGAGAAUCUGUUCCUGACCUUGCACCCAUGCUGUGGCAUUCAUUUGGUACUAUUGCAGCACUUUUACAGGAAAUUGUAAAUAUUUAUCCUUCCAUCAAUCCACCCACCUUGACAGCACACCAAUCUAACAGAGUUUGCAAUGCUCUGGCAUUACUGCAAUGUGUAGCAUCACAUCCAGAAACCAGGUCAGCGUUUCUCGCAGCACACAUCCCACUUUUUUUGUACCCCUUUUUGCACACUGUCAGCAAAACACGUCCCUUUGAGUAUCUUCGACUCACCAGCCUUGGAGUUAUUGGAGCCCUGGUGAAAACAGAUGAACAAGAAGUAAUCAACUUUUUAUUGACAACAGAAAUUAUCCCUUUAUGUUUGCGAAUUAUGGAAUCUGGAAGUGAACUUUCUAAAACAGUUGCCACAUUCAUCCUCCAGAAGAUCUUGUUAGAUGACACUGGUUUGGCUUAUAUAUGUCAGACAUAUGAGCGUUUCUCCCAUGUUGCCAUGAUCUUGGGUAAGAUGGUCCUGCAGUUGUCCAAAGAGCCUUCUGCCCGUCUGCUGAAGCAUGUAGUGAGAUGUUACCUUCGACUCUCAGAUAACCCCAGGGCACGUGAAGCACUCAGGCAGUGCCUCCCUGACCAGCUGAAGGACACAACCUUCGCCCAGGUGCUAAAAGAUGACACCACCACGAAACGCUGGCUUGCACAACUGGUGAAGAACCUGCAAGAGGGCCAGGUCACCGAUCCCCGGGGUAUCCCCCUGCCCCCUCAGUGAUCCUUCCCUGUUCCCUCCCACUACUCCCCCAAGUUGGGGAAAGGAGGGGGAACCUACGAGGAAAACAGCUCAGGUUUUAUCACCGACUGGGAAUAGACAACCUCAAUGCUGAACCGCACUGGAGAAAAGGGGCAAGGUACCCCUGCUGAGGUGUAUGGGCUGCCAUCUCAGGCUGUCUUGAGGACCUGGGCCCCCUCUACUACUCCCAGGAAACGGGCUCCUGACACAGCAGUCUGCCACCACAGCCCCAGGAGGCUGUCAACACCAGCAAAUGCUGUACUUGCAGCAUGUCCAAGAUGACCCUUCUCCCCUACCUCUACCUAGCCACUGGCAGGGAGGGGAGACAGUGGUGAUAGCAGCAGCACUCUAGGCAUGGUGAACGCCUGGGACCAAGCCAUGUGGCGUUUUUUAUUUUGCCUUCCUGGACAACUCAAGAUGUGUGUCUUCAUUCUCUCUCAGUAUUUGUUUACUUUGGUUUUUUGUUUUUAAUCUCAGAGAGAGGUGUGUUUAGUGGGCACAAGCUGUAAUAUUCAGCAAAACUUUGUCAAUUGGCACUGUUUACAAGUCUGUUAGCUGCAUAAGCUCAAUAAAAAGUUGGUCUGGGCAUUACAUCCCCUCUGGCAGGCCAAUAGCUGCAUCCAGCUCUUGGGAGAAAUGGGAAGAAGGGGGAAGAUGUAAAGCCAAAGGACAGCAGGAACCCAACGCCUGUUUCCCCUCCCUCCCAUUCUACUCCCAAUCCGGAAUGCCAUAAGGACCUUAACCUUAUUUCUGGCUUAAGCUGCUAGUUUUCCCAAAUCUCAGUGCUUUCCCUUUUUUAACUUCCCUUCUAUUAAACUUAAAGCAGACGUCUUAAUUCAUCAGGCUGUCUUGGAAGGGUAUGGUAUUGGGGGACAAGGGGCAGUGAUGGACCUCACCUUCAAUCCAAAUUUUCAAAUAUAUUUUCUGGAUAACUCUAAAAGGGAGGUGCUCGGGAUUAAGGUGGACAGGCCACUUGAUCCUAUUUUUUGUUUUAGUGUGAAUUUCUGCAGCUCCAUCUGUCUUCAUGAUUGUAUUUGAGCAGUAUUAGCUGUAUGCAUUAAUUUUAUUCAGAUUGAAGAUGGAGGGCUAGAUUCUGCUCACUCACUCAAUCUUUUUUUUUUUUUUCUUUUUCUUUUUUUGACACAUUCUCUUUUGGUCUAUGGAAAUGACAGGGUUGCCACUAAAAUAUUUACUUGUUCGUGUUGUGUCAGAGGUUUCCUCUUCUCUGGAGCUUAGGUGGCUCUGUUCACAAUCCACAGGCUUGAAUGGGCAUCCUAGUGUAAACUGCCUUGCUUUCCCCCAGUCCUUCCCACUACUAACACCUGCUUUUCAUCCCCAUCUCCAAUCAAAGAUGGGAUUGCUUAAUCCAACUCUAGAGAGGGACCAAGUCUUUUCUGCCCACAUGUUACACAAUUGAGGUGUCUGAACAAGUUUAGGGAGGGUCUUCAAGGGGCUGGCUCAAAAAAAAAACCUUUGCAGAGGCAGUUUUGCCAACACAAGGGCUCUUUCAAGCCGACUUUCACUAAGAGAGCCGGACUUGUUAGUUGGCUUCUGUCUCUUUAGAGCCAACAAAAUAGUAAUUAAGUAGCCUAGAUGUAGGAAGGGCAGAAUAAGCACUUAUUCCCGUGUCUUCCAAGAUGAAGAGGAGAACCAGGCUAACCCUCAAUAAUUGCAAGCCUAAAGAGAAGGGAUCUUAGAGAAAGCAGAGAACAGAAUGGACUGGAUAGACAUCUUGACUCUUCAGUUCAUAGUCUGUGAUCUGGAGAGUCCUGUUAAGGUAACCCUGAUUUUUGACAACCGCCUUCCUGCUGAGCCAAAGUUUUCUCAUUCCCCCUCCACUGGGGAAGCAGCUGAGGCCCAGGGCCUUGCUCCCUGGGAAGUUCUCUUCUCUCCAUCUUUCGGUGCAUUGGCCAUGUUACUGUGCCAAUAGUGUCUUAAUUCUUGUCCCAUCUAUUCUCAGCUGGCCUUGGAACCCACAUAGGAGUUGGUGGGGGAGGGGUGGAAUGGGUAUUAUUCAUUGUAGUUGAUCCUGAUGUGUAUAUUAUAUAAAGAGACCCCUCCCCUUAUUUUGUGUUUCCAUCCCUCUCCCUCAACAGGAUUGAAAUAAAACAUGCUUCUGUUUUUG